AAGGAAGCAUACAAACACCACACUUCCUACUGUCAACUACCAGCACAAAUCCUAAACAAAAGCAAAAUGUUCAAAUUCGUGACUUUCGUUCUUGCCGCUCUCGUCGCUUGCGUGUCAGCCCAUGUAGCACCACUAGCCGCUGCUCCUCUGGCUGUCGCUGCCUACGCCAAUGCACCAUUGUACGCCGCUGGUGGCAGUAGUCAAAUCGACGUACGCAACAACUAUGAUGGCACACUCUCAUCGUACACCACAACACCAUUCCAAUAUUCUGGUCCCUUCGCUAGCCGCUAUGUGUCCGGUGUACCCGCUGCCUAUGCUGCUGCUGCUCCACUGAGCGCUCCAUUAGCUGUUCCAGCUUUAGCUAAAUACGCUGCGCCAGCUGCUUUCGCCGUGCCCGCACCAUUGGCUGCUUUACCAGCUCCUCUGGCUGCUUUGCCCGCUCCCUUGGCUGCUGCGCCCGCUCCUCUUGCUGCAGCACCAUUUGCUACGCCCUAUGCCGCGCCUUUCGCUGCCCCAGCCCAAUAUGCUUGGUAGAUAGUUGCUGAACGUAGCAAGUAAUGGAAACACGAAGCUUGUCGCCUUUGCUUGCAAGUUGCUGAAGAUUGAACUGACUAAUUUGUUAAAAUAAAAAAUAAAUUCACUUAUA